AUGUCGCUUUUGAAGUUUGACACAUUGAGGUCGAUGGCCGCCAUUGCGUUGAAGGAGUACGUAUCCAUGGCAAAUGGAGAGACUCCUCUGUGCCUGAAAGGAUGGCGCAUCGCUGCACCUGGCAACUUUCGUCCUGUACUCAUGUAUUGGCCAUGUGUGGCAGAGGCUGUACCAUGUGUUCGAGGCUGGGAGUGGCCCUACAGAUUGGCGAAGAUCCUGGACCCACAUGUGCCUUUCGAGUCACAGGUUGAUCUGGUGAGGCAAUUCCUGUCGGCCAGAGAUUGCUGUUGUGACAAAGGGUUUUCCAUUCCUUUGCAACAGUUCAUGAAGGACCGAGGUUCUUUUGGAGAGAACCAGCACGGAGCUGAAAGUUUGCUUCCGGGAGGCCCCCUUUGCCACAUUGUGAGGCUUUUAUCAAUGCGAAAAUUGAUCAACGCCCAGAUCGAAACCAAUUUUGCACGGGCAUCUGCGCAACGCAGGACGACGCAAGGUCGAGGACAUGGUAUAACCACCAUGGUUGCAAAGUUUAUGCUUGGUGAACUUCAAAAAGAACACUAUCGUGCCCGGCUGGCCGCAGAGACCGCACAGGCCGAGCAGUUGCAGGAUGGAGGCCAAGAGGAACAGCCGCCAGGAGCUUACAAUGGUUUCACAUUGCUUCUCAAAGAUCGACUUCAGUCCAUGGUAUCAUACCCUGGAGAGAGCCGGCAGCAAGCGAUUUCCAGGACCUGGAAUGAAACAUCGCAGCACUGGGCAUCAAGCAGCCACGAAUUUAAGGAGGAGCAGUCUCGUGCAGCCAAGCAGCGCAAUGCCUUGGCCCGGCAAAAGCAUUCUGAAGUUCUGGCAGAGGGAAGAGGUGAUUCCAGCUUGGUGCCUCACCGCCAAACGUUGGAUUUUGACACCUCUGGCUUGGCGGACGACAAGUACGCGAUAGCAGAAUCGAUCCUGGAGGCUGAACGCAAAAGCUGCCCCGGUUGGAUGCAAACAAAGCAUGUGGAAUUCGAGAGGGAGCAUGGACAAUUGAUGCAGCUGGCAGAGGAAGCCGAGUCGGAUGCAGAGGACGAGACACAUGGAGAAUUUUGUCAAUGCCCCAUUGACCUUUGUGCGCGGGAUGCUGAGCGGCUUGAUGACUACCAGACAUGGUUCCAUCAAUGCAGAGAAGUUUUGCGUGUCUGCAGGAACACUCGGAAAGCCAAAGGUUUCGUCCCGGAUCACCCGUUGGUCGUUGUCAUUCCUCCUGAUGUCGAAGGCAUUCAUGAUUUGAAAUGUGGAGAUGAGGUGUACCUCUUUGCAAAAGUUGCGUUUUCGCCAUUUGACGCCACCUUGGUGAAACUCAAAUUGGAGCGUCUGGGCCUGGGUGGCCAUGACUCACCGUCCCCAUGGGUUGCGAGAAUGCACCCCACCAAUGAAGGUCUUCCGGAUAUGAUGUCUUUGGACCUUUUUUUGAAGCAGUGCUGCGAGUCUUUUGAUGGUGAAUCAGACAAGCUGCAGAUUCUUCACUACAGUGGUGGACGCAAGUUUGGGGAAUUAGACAUCCAGUCAAUGGAAGCCAUUGAACAAGCUCUACGAAGAGCUGCUCCUGAAGUUGUGGCCCGUGAUGCAGAUUUGGAGGAAGAGCAGCGAGCUGCCAAGAAAAGAAGUGACUUGCUCAGGAAGGUCUUGGAUGCUGGGACAGACAAGAACCCCAAGCACGCGAAGGCCAAGCCAAAAGCAGGAACCGUGCCAAGACCCAAGGCAGUGAAAAAACCAACAAAGCAAACCCAUUCAAAAAAGUCGCAUCGAGAAGGGCAAGAUCCAGAUGAUUCAGAAGAUCAUCCCGCCGAAGAAGAUGAAGACCCAGAUGAGCCUGGCUUCUCAGGGGCCAUGCACCGUACUAUCGAGAGGGAGUGGGCUGGAGCUCUGGAGGGAGACCUGCCGCAAGCUUCUUCCAGCUCAAGUUCUUCGAGUUCGCAUGGUCCGGGCCAUCCACCUGUUCAAGAUCAACCUGUUCAAGGUCAACCCAUUCAACAACCUGCCGCGGGGUCUACACUGCCGUGGAAAGAUUCUUCAGGGUAUUGCUUUCUGCCCAAGGAUGGGAACGCGAAGGGAACCCACUUGGGUGCCCAACUCAGCACGUUGAAUUCUACUCGAUUACCCUGGCCCUAG